AGCUCGCUCCGGCUUCCUGGUCUAUAAGUCGGUGCCGUACGGGAGCGUCGCGGAGGUUAUGCCGUACCUGUCGCGGCGCGCCAACGAGAAUCGCGCCGUGUUGAAGGGCGCGCGCAGAGAACGGCAGCUCCUCACCCAGGAAUUGCUUUCCAGAGUCAUCCCGAGUCGCUCGGCCCCGCCUCUUCUGUGACACCUGCAGGCGGUCAUCUCCGGCUGUUCAUUACAUUCUUCUGCCAUCAGCUUCGGGGCUAGUUAUGUUCCAGCACUUUCCUAGAUUUUAUUUGCGUUGCGAGUUCGGUUGGGUUGGCACUUGGCAAGGGUUCGACCGGCGGAAAACUAUAUCUGCUCUGUUUUAGGGACAAAAAAUUCUCGUCUGUGACAUUUUGGAAUCACUGAGAAGCAGCAUCGCUUAAUACAUUUUGCACCUGGA